UGCGCUGACUGCAAUAAAACCCCCUCCAGCUCACAGCAUCUGCGCUACAUCUCUUCCCUCUCCUCUCUCCUAUCCUCCGUCUCUCUCACUCUGUAGCUCUCCGACGCUCAGUCCUCUGCAGCUCUGACUCACUCAGCUCUUCCUUCCCUUCCGUGCCAAGCUGAACUGCACAACCUCCGAUCAUGUCCUCCAACCUACCCCCAGGGACCACAACCGGGGCCAAAAGCAAGCCCCUCUCCCCCUUCAGAAAGCGGGGCAGCCUGCAGUAUGCAGCCAGCACAGCUGAUCUCCGUGGCGCCCGCCACCUCCUCACUACCCAGCAUUCCUUGCCUGGGAUCCCUGUGGCCUUAAAACAAUCCAUUGACCUGCGUACAUCUAUGGACGGGAAGUACAAGGAGAUUGCUGAGGAGCUGUUCUCCCGCACUCUGGCAGAGAGUGAGAUGCGCAGCGCCCCCUAUGAAUUUCCUGAAGAUAGUCCCAUUGAACAGCUGGAAGAGAGACGUCAUCGACUUGAGCGACAGAUCAGCCAAGAUGUAAAGUUUGAACCCGACAUCCUCCUACGAGCCAAACAGGAGUUCAUGAAGACUGACAGCGCCACAGAUCUUGAAUACAUGAAGGAGCAGAGUCAAGCACCCGACCUGCAGGAGAGAGAGCUGGUUCCAGAGAGAGAGUACCAGCGAGUCUCUAUUUCUGGAGAGGAGAAAUGUGGGGUUCCCUUCACAGAUCUGUUGGAUGCAGCCAAAUGUGUGGUUAAGGCUCUGUUCAUCAGACAGAAGUAUAUGGGUCUGUCGCUGCAGAGUUUCUGCAGAACCACCGCUCGUUAUCUUCAGGAGCUGAGUGAGAGACCUCUGGACUUAGAUAUCUAUGAGGAGGAGAUCCCAGAGACCGCAGUCACUGCAGAUGCCACAGUGCACCCACCUGUUUCUGAAACACACCCCUAUGAGAACCAGGACCCUGCCAGCAUGCCCCAUGACAUGGGUUACGGCUGCAAGAUGGUGGAUGGUGUCAUGCAUGUGUACACCACAAGGAACAUUAUGGAAAAGAGCACAGAGCUGGAGCUGCCUUAUCCAGACCUGCAGGAGUACAUCGCUGAUAUGAACGUCAUGAUGGCCCUCAUUAUCAACGGACCAGUAAAGUCGUUCUGCUACCGUCGUCUGCAGUAUCUUAGCUCCAAGUUCCAGAUGCACAUCCUGCUAAAUGAGAUGAAAGAGCUGGCAGCACAGAAGAAAGUCCCACAUCGAGACUUUUACAAUAUCCGUAAGGUUGACACACACAUUCACGCUUCAUCCUGCAUGAACCAGAAGCACCUUCUUCGUUUUAUCAAAAGGGCCAUGAAGAAGUAUCCGAAAGAGAUUGUGCAUGUGGAAAGAGGAAAAGGUCAGACGCUCAUGGAGGUGUUUGAGUCCAUGAACCUGACCGCCUUUGACCUCAGCGUAGACACCCUGGACAUGCAUGCAGACCGUAACACUUUCCAUCGCUUUGACAAGUUCAACGCCAAAUACAAUCCCAUCGGCGAGUCCAUCCUGAGAGAAAUCUUCAUCAAAACAGACAACUACAUUGAGGGGAAAUAUUUUGGUCACAUCAUUAAGGAGGUGAUGGCAGACCUGGAGGAGAGCAAGUACCAGAAUGUGGAGCUCAGGCUGUCGAUAUACGGACGCUCCAGAGACGAGUGGGACAAACUGGCCAAGUGGGCUGUGAAACAUCGAGUGUACUCCAGUAAUGUGCGCUGGCUUGUGCAAGUGCCACGACUCUUUGAUGUUUACCACACCAAGAAACAGCUUUGCAACUUCCAAGAGAUGCUGGAGAACAUCUUCAUGCCUCUGUUUGAGGUUACAGUCGACCCCGGCAGCCAUCCAGAGCUGCACCUCUUCCUUCAGCACGUUGUGGGUUUUGAUAGUGUGGACGAUGAGUCAAAACCAGAGCAACAUAUCUUCAACCUGGACAGUCCACUGCCAGUCAACUGGACAGAGGAGGACAACCCUCCCUACUCCUACUACCUCUACUAUAUGUAUGCAAACAUGACGGUGUUGAAUCACCUGCGCAGGCUGCGGGGGUUUCACACGCUCGUCCUUCGUCCUCACUGUGGGGAGGCGGGGCCGAUACAUCACCUGGUGUCUGGUUUCAUGCUGUCAGAGAACAUUUCUCACGGGCUGCUGCUUAGAAAGGCCCCUGUGCUGCAGUAUCUGUACUACUUGGCCCAGAUAGGUAUCGCCAUGUCCCCUCUCAGCAAUAACAGCCUGUUCCUCAGCUACCAUCGUAACCCGCUGCCGGAGUACCUGUCCAGAGGCCUUAUGGUUUCUCUCUCCACAGACGACCCUCUGCAGUUUCACUUCACCAAGGAGCCCUUGAUGGAAGAGUACAGCAUCGCUGCUCAGGUGUGGAAGCUGAGUUCCUGUGACAUGUGUGAACUGGCCAGAAACAGCGUGCUGAUGAGCGGAUUCUCUCAUAGGGUGAAGAGCUCCUGGCUCGGCCCAAAGUACGUCAUGGAGGGGCAGGAGAGUAAUGACAUCAGGCGCACAAACGUUCCUGACAUCCGUGUUGCGUACCGUUAUGAGACCAUGUGUGAGGAGUUGAAUUUAAUCACACAGGCCAUUCGCACAGACGAGCUGGAGACCAUCGAGGAGGAGGGUAGUCUGUGCAUGGGAGCUGUGCAGGGAGAGAAGUGAACAUGCACCACAAGUAAUAACUCAUAACUCUCACUACAUUCCCUGUUUUCACGUCAGGACUAUGUACAGAUUUACAUAUCGACAUAUCACACCUGUGAGAAAAGCUUUGUUGCAAGAAGAUUAUGAGAGUUGCUACUGUGGCGGUAUGAGAGAGGACCUACAAUCUGUACACCGAGGUGUUUACUUGCUUUAGUUUCUUGUGUCAUUCUUUAAUUUGUAAUGGUGAUUUCAUGAUGUCUCUUGAUCUAUUUAUUUUUUAAUUAUUCAAUUUGUAUGGUUUGUGACUUCAUGUUGUCAGUGUUUCUGUGCUAAAUCUGUAUUUCCUAAACCAAACAUUGGAUAAUAUCAACAUUCAGGAUUCAACCCAUUAAUAAAACGUAUAAACUGGAUACAGCACUGACCAAUUAAAGUAAGAAGACAAUCUGGAACAAUUUUGCAAAGCAAAGAUCCUCUAACUUUGUAAAGGGCUGUAGCUACUGUUGAGAACACUGAGGUCACGCUCUCGUUAUCUUCUUUGGUAAUCGCCGGGGUUCUUUUUGAGAAGUUUACACAGUUAAAAAUGUGCACAUGGUGUGUGUUUUGGGGGGCUAAUUCCAGCAUUUGUAGACUUCACAUAUUUCAAUUUGUCUACCUUUACCCCAACAAAAUGAACAAAUGUGCAGCACAGAACAGGCUUCAAAACAGAAUUAGGACCAUCAUUUUCAGAGAUAAAGCAGUGAUACUAAUUUCCAAGCAGAGGGAGAGUGGAGACAAAGCCUUGAGAUGGUUUUGUCUACUUUAGUUCAUUUCAGGAGCCGGUUUCACCUACUACUAUGAAGUUCAAACUUUUAAACUAACUUUUUAAUUUAGUGUAACUAUUACUUUAGUUGUAACAAAGUGAAAAUGUAUACAUCAUUAAAGCAGAACAAGUUACAGCACACAAGUUAGGCCAAGUUUGUAAAAGAUUGUUAGGCCUCUUAAAACUAUUAUUUUCUGGGAGUUAUGCUGCAUUCAUAUGCUCCACAGAUUAUCCCAUUUCCUGAGUUGGGAAGUCAUUCUUUGAAUUUUUUUUUUUUUUUUUUGUGUUAAUGAGUUUUAAGUCACACUGUGGAAACAACAUGAAUGCUACAAAUAAGAUGUGUUGUUCUUUGCUACUCAGAACAAUGCAAGCUUAUAUUAAGCGAUAUAACAGUCACCUCACCUCCUGUUUACAUAACUGCUUGUUUUUGAGUGAAAUGCGCUAUGAAUCUCUCGUAACAACUGAUUUACAACCCCACUAAAGUUUUCACUGGCUAGCUGAAGCAUUUCUAAAGUCUUACCCUCUUAUUCUAACUUUUCCUUGAAAGCACCACCCCGUUUAACUAAAACACAAAAAUAUAAAUCAUUAGUGAAUUGAAUAACUGUGUGUGUGUGUGUGUGUGUGUGUGUGUCGAGGUGAUUAAUGAGUGAGGUAGACUACAAGUGAUGACCUCAGUAUUCUUGGAAUCCUGGCUACAGCCCAGACUACUUAUCAAAUCAAAGUUUUGCAGCAAUUUUUUUUUACGUGAUGCAAAAACCUUUAAGGAAAUCCAAAGACAAAUUAUUAGAAACACCCCGUGUCUUUUUGGUUGACCUUUUCUACUAUAAUAAUCCACAGGAAAAUACCUCAUACUGUUUGACUGGCAGAAAAAUCUCUCAUCUUCAGUAUUUCUGCUAUUGAGAAUAAUAACAACAAAUUUCCCUCAGCUGUUCUUAAAUUGUCAUAUUCUUGCCAUUUUUUUGCAGUCUUUACAGUUAUUCAGUAGAGUUGCAUGAAGGCACGUCAAUAUUUGUUUCUGGUGUGCAGUAAAGCUACAUAUUUGUGGCAUCUUGUUAUUAUUUUGUGGCAUUGUUUCUCCUGACAGUCUGAACAGUGACUGUGAUCUAAUACCAUCUGUCCUUUACACACAGAUAUUUAAAAUACAUCGAUCUCUGGGUCAUAGUACAGUCAACAAUGCAUGAUCUGUUCCUUCAGUUGUCACUCUUUGCAGUUCAGCUGGUGCCAAAUUCAUGAAAAAAAUUAGAGAACUGAAAGUUGAUUAACUGGACAAACCCUUCUCGAACUUCUCCCUUCAGCUUUGGUCCUGGUGUUAUCUGUGGGGCAACUUGUUGUUAUUCAGAAGAGCUACGUGUCUCCUUAAGAGAAUUAUAUGUGCUGUUUGUGAAAUAUUAUUUAAAUGCUUUUGUGUCUAUGAAAAAAUAAAUGUUAUUUACAUUGUA